AUGAAAGCAGAGGCGGCAAAAUCAGGGGUCGUGAGAACAGGGGUAGCGGGAGCGGGAGAACCAGACACAGGGGCAAGUGUAGGAGAUUGGGGAGCGGCAGAGGAAGGGACAGAGGGGGGAGCAGCAGAGGAAGGAGCGGCAGAAGGGGCAAGGGGGGACGCGGGAGACCCGGCCACACAUGACACAGGCAAUUCCUCCAUUAUCGCGUCCUCCAAGUUCUCGACCAAUGAUUCAACAUCGGGUUCACUAUCAUCAGCGGACGCGGAUCUGUCAACGUGUGAAGAUUCUACACAAAUAAAAACAAACAUAUCAGCAUCUGCGUCCACGCAAAAUCGUGCCAGAAAACACAAUCAGAAACCCGCUGAAGGAAACGGUCGGGGGCGUAUGAGGAGGUGGAGAAGGUGUGUCAUCCAUGGUAAUAUGUUCUGGCGAUCGUUAGAAGAUAAACAAGUCCUGACCAUGUUCCACAAUGCAUUACACUUACUGCUAACGAACUGCCCGGUAUGGGCACUACGAUGACGCUUGUUGUGGGAAUGGGGGGCCAUUGCCAGGAACGCGUAUGAUGUGAUAGGUGGACAGAUAGAAAGAGUUGAACAGGAGGAGGGGUAGGAAUCUGGGAUGGUGGUGGCGUUCGAUGAUGACGAUGAUGGAGAUGAUGGUUGGAGGAUGGGAAAAGUUAGUGGAUGAGUGGUGUAAUAUAGUGGAAGUUUCUUUGUGAGGGUGUACACG